AUGCCUGUCUCAGUCCCCAAGUCCGAUCGUCUUACCGACCUCUUUAGCCUCAAGGGCAAGGUUGUUGUUGUGACCGGCGCCUCCGGCCCUCGCGGUAUGGGCAUUGAGGCUGCUCGUGGAUGUGCUGAGAUGGGCGCCGAUGUUGCCAUUACCUACUCUUCGCGAAAGGAGGGUGCUGAGAAGAAUGUCGAGGAACUUACCAAGGAUUAUGGCGUCAAGGUCAAGGCUUACAAGCUCAAUGUGACCAACUACAACGACGUUGAGAGCUGUAUCAACCAGAUCAUUAGUGACUUUGGCAAGAUUGACGGCUUCGUUGCCAACGCCGGUGCUACUGCCGACGCUGGUGUCAUUGAGGGAUCCUCCGCCGCCUGGGACAAGGUCAUCCAGAUUGACUUGAACGGCACCGCCUACUGCGCCAAAGCCGUCGGCACUCACUUCAAGAAGCAAGGCCACGGCUCCUUCGUCAUCACGGCCUCCAUGUCCGGCCACAUCGCCAACUUCCCCCAAGAGCAGACGUCCUACAAUGUCGCCAAAGCAGGCUGCAUUCACAUGGCUCGCUCCUUGGCCAACGAGUGGCGUGACUUUGCUCGUGUCAACUCAAUUUCUCCCGGCUACAUCGACACUGGCCUCUCCGACUUCAUCGACCCCAAGACCCAGGAACUUUGGCGUUCCAUGAUUCCCCUUGGCCGCAAUGGGCUGGCAAAGGAACUCAAGGGAGCUUAUGUGUACCUGAUUUCCGAUGCUAGCACGUACACGACCGGAGCUGAUCUUGUCAUUGAUGGUGGAUACACCUGCCGAUAA